AUGACCGCGGCCACUGCGCCGUCACCGUCACCAGCUCCAUCCGCACCCUCACAGCACGCACACACCCCGACGCGUCAAUCGCCCGUCGCCUCCGAUGGUGCACCGUCGUCGUCGUCGUCGCGUCGUCACGAUGGCGCCCCCCCUUCAGCAGCAUCGCCUGCCAAGGUGACCAUCAACACGCUCAACAACCUUGGCACGAUCGCCAAGCCCAUCGAUCUAGCCUCGCCGCCCGCAUCACCGACCUUGGCCGCUACCACGCUCUCGGCUUCCGAUACCGUCGCGUCCGAUUCAACGCGUUCACUCCAGCAUCAGCCGUCACCAUCACCAUCGGCUGUAUCGUCGGCAGGAGCGGACGCAGCAGUAGCAGCACUAUCGCGUAUCAGCAAUGCGUCACCGACUUUGCCGCGACCGCCGCCCUAUGCUAGCGCGUUGGCGACGCCCAAUCGUUUGCUGCCUCCCACUCCUCUCGGCAACGCGAGCGAUCGAAGUGGCAACGUGUCAUCAUCUGCAUCAGCCUCGGUUUCGACCCCUUCCAAGUCGGCCCUCCUGCCGACUCCAUACAAGGCGCCCAGGUUAACGCAGAGCGGAUCUUCCGAAUCGUUUGCUACGGCGUAUCCGACGCAGGAGACGCGUCAGAAGUAUGCUUCGCCGUCCAAGCCUUUGCCCACCGCAUUGGGCGCCACCCCGUCUCACAAGCGAUCAUGGCAGUCAUCAGGCUCAGCCGAUCUCUCCAACAAGAAGUUCCGCCCCACCGCUUCAGCCAUUUCUUCUCCAGGUCCUGUCGCGUCAUCCACACCGUCACCGUUAGCAUCGGUCAUCGCUGCGCUUCCCACUAUGCCCAAAGCAGGCGCGUCUGCCGCUGUUGCUCCGCGACCACCUCCUGCCGCAGCUUCGACAACAGGAAGAGCUGACAAUGCCUCGUCUGGCGUCACCGUCACCAAUAUACCCAAGCCUGGAAGCUCCAUCUCUAAUCAAGCAGGCGCUGGUCCGCUCAACUUGACACCUGCCAUAUCCGGGGUGCAGCUUUCCCCAACCGUAAAGGAUGAAUACCUGUCCUUGCUCCAAAAAGCUGAACUGAUCGACUUGGUCAAACAGCUCGAGAAGCAGCUCACCGAUCUCGUCGAGGCACCCGCUGGCUCGUCCACGCUCUACCGUCAGGCUCGUGUCUACCCUAAUCACAUCCACGUGCAGAUGGACAGGCUCAAAGCACGCCAGCGCAUCGAAGCGUCCACCACUCCUGCUCCUUCGGAUUUGAGCCUCAAGGAUGUCUACUCGCUGCUCAACGCAAGCGCUUCCGCAUCCACCACAUCUCCCUAUGCCCGCACAGCAGGUGCGACCCCACGACCUUCCAGCAGCCCCGCCUCUGCGCUCACUGGUCGACCCGCUUAUACCCCGCCUUCGGCGCCGCGUCGCCCCCUUCCCACGCUUCCAGCUGCUUCUGCCGCAACCAGUUUGGCUCGUGGCAUCUCUACUGCUGGAGCGACAGCACAGAAGGUGUCCACGAAGGACACGAGUCAAAAUGCAUCGCUCACAAAUUUGAUCAACUCCAUCAACGCCAUGGUUCGCCAGCAGAACCAGCCUGCGCGCGGUCCCAAUGGUGCACCUCUUCCACCCGCUCAUAUGCCUUCCAGUGUCUCGUCUUCGCGUCCCGCCUUGCCUCCUGCCGCUGGCAAAGGACGUCCAGCGACGAGUGCGCAACCUCAGAUCACCCCCGCCGCUUUGCGCAGCAUCGUCGGAGAUGGGCCUAUGCCGUCCAACGCUGCAUUGGCAGCCGCGAUCGCUGCACACUUUGGCGGCAACAUACCCGCCAACGCCGCAACAGCAGCAACGCCGCGCCCGGCAUCUGCAUCUGCAGCAUCUUCAGCAGCUGCCGGCACGGGAACGCGCGUUGAUUCUGCAGCUGCCAAUGCAUCUUCCACAGCUGGUCGCACGGCCCCCGCUUCUGCCCUUGCUUCCAGCCCCGACAAGGACCUAUCGGAAAAAAUUGCGGCCAUUCUCGGAUCGUCGUCGUCCUCGCAGGCCACCAUGCUGGGUCCUCAAGGGUUACCGCUCGCUCCUGCUACCUCGGCUCCAGGCUCCAGUGCAGUUCCUAUUGGCAACAUCGCCGCCAUGCUGUCCAGCUUUGCUGGCCAGGCAAGCUCCCCUACGGCGUCGGCCGGUUCUCCAAGCGCAGCAGCUCGAUCUGCAACUCCAGCUGCUCAAGGCCAGGACAGUGCGCUCUCGAGUUUGUUGCAGCAGCUCGAGGAGGCCAAGAAGCGGCUUCCAUCGCAGUCCACAGCGUCACCGGCCCCCGUCAAUGCUUCCACAGCAUCGCAGGCUUUCAACUCCGUCCGAUCCGCCACCAACGAUCCCAUCGCCAUCUUGACCGGAGUCAGCGCCAACCCAGUCUACACUCCAUCGUACACAGCUGGCGCGAACGCAACAUCCUCACCGAUGAUGGCUGGCAGUCGCUUAGCGUCGUGGUCACCCGAUCCACAGCCCGUCAUCGUGCAAGGUCCGCUGGGCACGAGCACGCUGCCAUCGUACGAAGACAUGAUUGUCGAGGGUCUCCGCGUCAUGGGCCAAGCGCCACCACGCACCCUCUUCAAUUGGAUGCAGGAUACCUAUCCGCUCACCAAAAAGUUCCGUCCCUCUGCGCACCAAGCUCUGCAAAAGGCGUUCAAGCGAGGCAGGCUUCUCAAGACUGGCAGUCUCUACCGCAUCAACCAGGCGUGGUCGGACCCAGGCGAGUCUCGAAAGCCGACGCGCAGACCUCAAGUGGGAAGGGACCAUCCCAUGGUCACGCCAGGUCUCAACGGCGAGGUGUUGGCGGUGAGCCCGCUCAAGGACAGCCAGGCUUAUCGCAACGUGGGCGAUUCCGGCCUCCGCGCGUAUGGCAAGGGUCUGCGAACAGGACCUCGACCAUACGGACAGCCAGGUGCAGCGCCGCUUGCCAACCCAGCCAGCACCAUCUUCCCAAGCGGUUCAGCCACAGAGAUCUUGCUCGAGUACCAGAAGCGCAUCGGCAAGAAGAUCGAGCCAGACUCGGUCCGAUACCUGUACCAGCUCAUCCGCUCCGGUCCCAGUGAUGGGUCUAUGGAAGAGAUGCUGGCGCACAUGCUCACGCAGACGGGCUACCACGAUGCUGCUGCCGAGGCUACCGCUGCCGCUGCUGCUCAAACUGCUGCCGCCACCGCCGCCAGCAUGUCGUCGACGAUGCCGUCGUAUCCUCGACCAAGCAUGCCUAUGCCAGGCAUGGCAACAGGCAUGUCGGCGCCUUCGUCCUUGCUCGGUCGAUCUGGUGCUUCCGCUGCUGCUACUGCUGGCGCGCCGGAUCAACGCAGAAUGCCACCCAUCUCGCCGGCCGCGGCAAGGGGCCCGACAUCGCUGCCCCUGCCCACUACGAGCGAGCCUACGAUGAUGCAACAGUUGGCGAGUAUGCUCAACGAUACCAGCUCACCCAUCAACCCUGUGCUGGCCAACUCGAUCCUUGGUCAAUUGAGCAGCAAUGCGGCUGCACUCGCUGCGGCUCGAGCAGCCAACCUGCCAGGUAUGAGUGCCGGGCCUCCUCUCCCUGCCGUUCCCGCACGAACCCUCGCGCCUGCCUCUUCAGCUCCCCCGCCAUCCGCAUCGUCGCAGCUUGCUUCGGCUUUGUCGAGUCUCGCUGGUCAAGCACCGCAGCAGGAUCUGGAUUCGGCCGUGUCCGAGACGCUGGCAGCUGCGCUGCAGCAGAUCGGCGCUGCGCCGACUGCCACCACCCGUGCUACCGCCUCGGAAGAUGUGCCCAAGGAGGUACCUGCUACGCAGGCGGUCGCGCAGCCCAAGACUGUGGAAGCUACCGACGAGAGCUCGACCCAAGGCGUGGCAGCGGCUGCGCGGGAAGAAGGCGAAGAAGGCAUCGAUCUGGCCGAAUACGAAGAUGCGAUCCGAGCACUCACUUCUGCGUUCGGCAAUGCGGACGACGAAGCGGACUCAGAGGAAUCCGAUGUCGAGGCUGACGAGCGCGCGAUUGCGGCUGCAGAGGCCGAACCGGACUCAGUGGACGUGCCAGCGUCCAACCCGACUCAACAAGGGGACGUGGUCGAUACUGGAGAGCAAGCAGAAGGCGAGCAGGCAGGUGAAGCGGACGAAGGAGAGGAUGAAGAUGAAGUUGAUGACGACGAUGAGGCCGCGGAAAGCGGCGAGCAGAUGGAUCUCUCGGCGGUUCUGCGUCAGCUCACGGCAUCGCUGCAGGCGCACCAUGAAGGUACUUCUACUGCUCAGGCUGGCGACGAAGGCCAGGCAGCAGCCACCCAGGACAGCCAGCAGGAGGCCGAGGCGCCAGCGUCGACGGAGACUGAGCCGACGGAAAACAUGGACGUCGAUCCGCCCACCGCCGAGGAGCCGCGUGACGCUGAGGCCGAGCCCGAGACUGGCUCACAGGAUGCUGCAUCAUUGCAAGCUCAGCUGGAGGCACUCGUGGCCAGUCUCGCCGCGAAUGCAGGCAAUGCGGACGAUGACGACGAUGAAGAAGAGGAGUACGAUGAAGACGAGGAUGAUCAGGAGGGAGAUGAGAACAACGCGGAAGCGUCAGGUCCUCAGUAA